AUGCCGGGCCAGGAGACACGCCAAUGGGUCGUUGCGAAGCAUCCUCACGCGGACCCCGUUCUUGAGGGCGAAGACGCUACUUUCAAGCUUCAGACGACGACACUGCCCGCCCCAGGACCCGAUGAAGUCCUCAUCAAGACGCUCUAUUUUUCCAACGACCCCGCGCAACGAGGAUGGCUGGACCCGACCAUCGAGCCAGAGCGUCUGUACGUGCCACCGGUGCAAAAAGGCGAAGUAAUGCGCUCGGGCGCCAUCGCCCAAGUCGUCGAGUCCAAUGCCGCCAGCCUGUCCAAAGGCCAGCUCGUCGUGGGUACCGUAGGCUGGACCGAAUACGCAGUUGUACCCGCGAAAGCCGUGCGGGCCAUCCAGGCCGACGAGAGCGCUGGCAUCCGGCCUACACAUUUUGUCGGCGCCCUCGGCGGCACAGGGCUGACGGCGUACUACGGGCUCAUGGAUAUUGCGCGGGCGUCGCCCUCGGACACGGUCGUUGUCUCGGGCGCAGCCGGCGCCACAGGCUCCAUGGUGGUGCAGCUGGCCAAGCACGUCGUGGGCUGCAAGCGCGUCAUCGGCAUCGCAGGCGGGGCGCAGAAAUGCGCGUGGGUUGAGUCGCUCGGCGCAGACAUCUGCGUCGACUACAAAGCGCCUGGCUUCGAGCAGGCCCUCAAGGCCGCCACCCAAGGCUUCGUAGAAGUCUACUUUGACAAUGUCGGCGGCGACAUCUUGUCCCUCAUGCUGGGCCGCAUGAAGCGCCACGGCCGCAUUGCUGCCUGCGGCGCCGUCGCAACCUACAACUCCAUGGCCGACAGCGGCGUCAAGAACUGGUUUGAGAUUAUCAGCAACCGUAUCGAGGUUAGGGGCUUCAUCGUGCUGGAUGUCAUGGAGAGUGGCAAGGCUGGCGCGUACAUCCAAGAACUGAUCAAGGCUGUCAAGGCGGGCAAGAUUCAGGUUGGGCCCGAGACGGAGACCGUGGUGCCAACUAAAUUCGAGGAUGUGCCCAGCACGUGGACGAUGCUGUUUAAGGGUGGGAAUACGGGAAAGCUGGUUACAGAGCUGAAGGCUUGA